UCUACUGCUUAGUUAGUUUAAAAUUUUUCUUUCAAAAUUAAUUCAAAAUAAUCUCCAGGCAGAAAUGAAACUGAAAUCAAAGAAGCAGGAGCCGGUUGAGCCUCAAAAGUCAAGCUCCAAGUCGGCAGUGGGUUCCCUUUCGGCGAAUGGAACUGAACGGGUUUAUACAGAACUGGACUCGGAGGGCAAACUAGUGAGUCGACCUCUCACUACUUACGAAUGCAAGCUGGAGGACGAUGUGGAGCAGCUGCAGGAUGCCCUGUUUACGAUCUCCUCUCACUACGCCAAGAUCCAGUUCCGGUUGCGUCAAAUCGCCUCUGCGUCGAACUGCGAGAGGAAUUUCUUGCUAGAGGAGCUGCAGCGAAUGACGACUCAAGGACUAGAUAGCUGUACCACAAACCAGGAGGAGGAAUUGCCCAGCUUGAAGUGCGACUCAUUAAGCCUGGGUAAUGUUCGAUACAAGCAGCACAAGAUAAUCAGCGAGUUGCGCGAACGCCUCCAGGACUUGGCUCAGGCGGCAGGAGCCUGUUUCGAAGCGGAUUACCAGGACUGUGGUGGCGUCGGUGACGGACCGGAAUAUGUGGACCAGUUCGACUCCGCUCACCAGAUCGAACUAUGCGAAGAUAAGAAGGAAGCUGGGGGACAGUAUUUACAGGAAGUGUGGUCGGAUACCGACUAUGGAAACGAAGAACUUCGGUGGCCGAUUUCGAAGCCACGUCGGUCGAAAUAUAAGAACGGAAGUCCAAAGGGUGCAUCCAGAAGAGGUUCUAACAUCUCCCAUGAAAUCCAAAGUAAAUCGAAAAGUAAAUCGGAAAAGCUAAAACAACAACCUUCAAGAGCUCAAGCAAACCAGGAUCCAAAAAUAACUUCACCCCGAAAAAAGCAGUCCAACUUUACUCCGCCCAAUGCAGCCAGAAAAUUUCAAUCUAAUGUGGUCAAUCGCCUUUCCAAAAACAUUUUCAAUUCUUUUAAUGGCAGCCCCAAAAUGGGAAUAACACCCGGUACAAGCCACAGCAAGAAUCGAAGUCGUACUUUUUCCCCGUUGCGCAGGUCUCAGUCCCACUCGCAAUAUUCGAAUUCUGCAAAAUCUAAAAAUUCUUUGACAUCUCCAUUGAGGUACAGUGACGCAACUAGUCGAGGAUUAACCAACUCAGUUAUCCAACAAUCUGGCAGGGCCAUAAACCGAAUUUCUGGUGCCGGCAGUAUGAGCCUCCACCCAUCUCUGCGUCAGACGCAGUCCACAAUGCCAUCCUUAAGCCUAUCGAAUGGCAGGAUAAGUGUUGAGACUGGUGAGCUUAGGCAGAGUGUCGGGAGGAGCAGCGAUCGAAAGAUUCGGAAGUGGAAAUACAAAGAAGUUGCUAUUAGCCCAUCGCAGUCAGACGAUUUUUCAGAGAAAAUCGAAAGAAACACUUUCUACCGGGAAGGCACUCAACAAAGCAAUUCACAUUCUUCAUGCCCAGAAAAGAACAGUCAAUCAAACACCAGCGAAAGCUAUAAGGAAUCCUCGAAAAAUAUCCGUAAAAGUUGCCCGUGGAAGUUCAACAAAGGCAUCGAAAACACUGAAAUGUCUGAAUGCUCAGACGCAUAACAACGCUCAAUUUUCUUUUUCGGUUUAAAAUUUUUGGGGUAGUAGUUAAAUUUUCUAAAUAAACAGCUUAUGUUUCGUUAUUCAA